CCACGGCCGUGACGUAUUUCCUGGGGCUUUUACGGACCACUCAGCGGUACACUGGAGGGGUAUCAUGACCGUUUAUAACCAACAAUUUUCGCCUAUCAAUUUUUCAGUCGCUCCGUCGUGCCGCUGUCGGUUCUCCCCCCGCGGUCAGACGCAACCAGCCGACUCGGGCAGGAUGUGAGAGGAAGCGGGUGAGCUGAGACUGCCCCUCCCCUUCUCACCCCACCCCACCCCUCCGCCCUUCUUUGUCUCUCUGUGCACCUGCGUGCACUGUGGGCAGCCCCGGCCCAUCGGAGAGACACUGUGCUCAGAGACUGCCCUGCACCAGGAGAACCCAUGGCUUCUGGCCCUCCGUGUCCCUCUGUAGGCCGCAGGCUCAGGCUGCUCGAGUUGCUGCUCGUGCCUCUGCUGGUCUUGCUGGGUUCUGGGUCGCAACCAGCACUCGGUCAGAAGGUCUACACCAACACGUGGGCCGUCCACAUACCUGGAGGUCCGGCUGAAGCUGAGCAAGUUGCCAGCAAACAUGGGUUCAUCAAUUACGGACAUGUAUUUGGUGACUAUUAUCACUUCCGGCAUCGUAGGGUGGUGAAGAGAUCACUGUCAGAUCACAGAGGGACACAAGUCCGUCUUCAAAGAGAUCCCCAGGUGACUUGGGCCGAGCAACAAGUAUCGAAACAAAGGAAAAAGAGGGAUGUCUUCGAAGAACCGUUAGAUCCAAAAUUUCAAGACCAGUGGUACUUGUACAACAUCAACCACCGUGACCUGAAUGCUAAAUCUGCGUGGCAGAUGGGCUACACGGGUAAAGGGGUGGUGGUGACCAUCCUGGAUGAUGGAAUUGAGAAGAACCAUCCUGACUUGAUGCAGAACUAUGACCCGGAUGCGAGUUACGAUGUGAACGACGGCGACCCAGACCCUCAGCCCCGAUACACGCAGCUCAAUGACAACAGACAUGGAACGAGAUGUGCAGGCGAAGUAGCAGCAGUAGCCAACAAUGGGAUCUGCGGAGUAGGUGUAGCCUACAAUGCCAAGAUUGGAGGUGUCCGUAUGCUGGAUGGUGAGGUGACUGACAUGGUGGAGGCCCAGUCCCUCAGUCUGAACCCCCAACACAUCGACAUCUACAGCGCCAGUUGGGGCCCAGAGGAUGACGGCAAAACCGUUGACGGACCCGCCAAACUCGCCAAAGAAGCCUUUCUGCGUGGAGUGACGGAGGGUCGUGGUGGUUUGGGCUCCAUCUUUGUUUGGGCUUCUGGUAACGGAGGGAGGGAGAAGGACAGCUGUAACUGCGACGGCUACACCAACAGCAUCUACACCCUGUCCAUUAGCAGUUCCACCCAGAACGGCAACGUGCCCUGGUACAGCGAGGCCUGCUCCUCCACCCUCGCCACCACCUACAGCUCGGGGAACCUCAACGAGAAACAGAUAGUGACUACAGACCUCAAAUCAAAGUGCACAGACUCGCACACAGGCACUUCUGCCUCCGCCCCGCUGGCUGCUGGCAUCAUCGCUCUUGCCCUUGAGGCCAAUAAAAAUCUGACCUGGAGGGAUAUGCAACAUCUGGUUGUACGAACUUCUCACCCGACUCACCUGCUCACCAACGACUGGAGAACAAAUGGGGUUGGGCGCAAAGUUAGCCAUUCAUAUGGAUACGGUCUCCUUGAUGCCACUGCUAUUGUAGCGCUGGCUGAAACGUGGACUAGUGUGAGUGCGCAGCGGAAGUGUGUGAUCACCAUGGUCAGUGAGCCAAGAAACAUUGGCAGCCAUUUGUCAAUCAACGUGAGUGUGGACGCCUGCAUCGGGACGGACAGUCACGUGACAUCGCUGGAGCACGUUCAGGCCCGGCUCACUCUGUCCUACAACCGCAGGGGGAACCUGGCGAUCCACCUCAUCAGUCCCUCCGGCACUCGCUCCACUCUGCUCCACCCAAGGCCUCAUGACUACUCAUCAGAGGGUUUCAACGACUGGGCUUUCAUGACCACUCACUCCUGGGAUGAGAGCCCCACUGGCGCGUGGAUGCUGGAGAUCGAGAACGUGGCUGGUGCCAGUGAUUACGGUACUUUGACCCAAUUCACCCUGGUGCUGUAUGGCACCGGCUCAGUGUCCUCCAGCUCCACGGACGACGCUCAGCCUGAAAAUGGCAACUGUAAGACCUUGGACCUGAGGCAGAUAUGCAUCGAGUGCGACGCGGGCCACUACCUCUUUCAGCAGAGCUGCGUUAAAGACUGUCCCGCAGGCUCGUCGGUGGGCUCCCAGCCCCUCAACUACACAGUGGGGAACUUCAUACCACCAGCUUCCGUCCUGGCCUGCCUGCCCUGCCCAUCACCCUGCCUGACCUGCAGCAGCCUCAGCCCUCGGGCCUGCCUGUCCUGCCCCACUCACAGCUCCCUGGACCCCAUCAGUGGCACCUGCAUGCACCUCAACCAGUACAUGCGCGAAUCUCCUCGCAGCUUCAUAGUGGGAGAGGGGAACCCGGGGACGCAGCUCCAGCUCAGCUCCCGGCUGCCCAUCACCAUCGCCGUGCUCAGCUGCAUGGCCAUCAUCGCCACCUUCGCUGGCACCUUCCUGCUGCUGCAGCUGCGCUCCGGCGCGCUCAUCAAGCUGCCCUCUCUGGAGGCUGGCAGCGGCCUGGGUGGCAGCUUCAGCCUCGGGGGGAAUCGGGUGGUCUCGUACCGCGGCAUCCCGACAAUGUGGGGGGAUGAUGGGGUCAAUACAGACUCUGACAACGAAGAGUUUGACGUCCAGAAUGAGAGGACUGCCUUUAUUAAAACACAAAGUGCUCUUUAAUGCCUCCCCCACAUGCCUCCUGCUCUCCUGCUUUUAAAGUCUUCUCACCUUCAUUGGUCUAACGAUUUGGAGCAGUGGUAACAACCCUCAUGCAGUCUUUCUCUGGCUUUAUCGGUCAGCUCUUCUCUCUCGUUUCUUUUUGGGUUCUGCCUGGGAUGGUCUAAGCUUUGCUAUGCUCACGCUUGGGUGCUUCUCUUCAAACUGCUUCUCUCCCUCCUCUUGACCUCCAUAACUAAUUGUGUCUGUCUGUGCUGAGCCCAUUUUCCCCUCUGGUUCCUUUUUGUUCCAGUUAACAAACGCGUUUUUUUUUCUUCUCAUUUUUCUCUUUUUCUUUCCAUCAGUCUUGGUGCAGAAGCCAGACAAAAUUGUUGAAUGUGAGGAGUGUGUGAGCGUGUACAUCUGAUGAGCAGUGUUCUGCCUUUUCUAGAGAAGCUAAAGCUGGCUCUGUCACAUUUAGUGUUUUAACUUUAAACUGAUAUGAAACAUUGUAUGAUGAGGCAUAAAAUCAGAUUUGAAAACAUGGAUUCUCCUGUCAAUUAGUGGCAUCAACUUCCAAACUGUUCAUAAAAGCAUUGCUUAUCUGUAGCCAUGUACAGUGAAUUUAAAACGUCCACAAAUCCAAAGUUUAAUAGGAGUGAGGGGGGGGGCUUCAGUGCUCUUAUUGUACACAGAGCCUGCAAACCUCUCUCUCCGCUCUGGCGGAACAAACCAACAAAGCUUCUUACAGACUGCUGGGAUUCAAGAUGGACUCAAUCUAUCCCGGUUUGAGAACUUUAAACACUCUUGUGCUCAUCUCCUACCCAAUCGUCACAUGGAAAAAAAGUUCAAUAAAUGAAAAGAACAAACAAAAAACCCAUACUCACACAGGCUUCUCGCUCAACCCUGAGGCACAAUCCCUUCCAGGGGCAUUUAAUUUUUGUGUUUGAUGUCCUCACAUCCCGGGCUGAGAGAGAAGCAGCCGACGUGCCGAUGGGACUCGGAACAAUAUGUGACUGUUGAGCACAAGAGCUUCUCAAAAGCAGCCGGCAGGUGUUGUUACCUGCGAGUGAUUCCUUGACAGAGCAGACUCAUUUAACAAUACAUCAAGGCUUUCCCUUCUUUUCAGAGUACAUUAACACUACAAAGAUACACGCGGCACACUGCAUAUCAUAACAAACUUCUGUGGAUGUGUGAAAGUUUACUGAUAUGAAAAGGUUCUCACUGAAAGUGAUGCUUUCAUUUCCUCCUUUGCUUCAUAGAAUUAUUUAACCCGGUGUAGCUAUUUUGAAUUCAUCGAUCUCUUUUGCUUUCCUUUGUGUGAAUUCUUUCCACUACAGAAACAGCGAAACUGGCUGAGAGAGGUUGUCAUGGUGAUGACAUGCAUAGAAAACUGCAGCUGCUCAUCCUGUUUUUUCAUCUACCUCUCAUAUCAGCAAGGCUUCACACGCCGCUAGAGGAGCUGUUAAAUAAUUUUAGAGGUCAAAGUAUACUGAGGUUGAAUAUGACCGGCAUGUUGGGAAAGAUUUGAGAGGGUAGGCGGGUCAGUUAAAUUGAUGUUUUAGAAGGGACGAGCAAUUGUGAUCCAGAAACUUUAAAUUUGCUGUGUAAAAUCUAUUCUGCUGAAACUACGAUCCCUUUCUAAAUGUAUUGUCUUGAGGGUCUGCCCAUCUGGGCUUUAAAACCUGUUAUUGAAAAGAGAAUGAGUGGAAGGAUGUCCAAAGAAGUGGGCGAGCGUUUAAGUGCAAAAUCAAAAGCGGAACACCUUUUUUGUUCAUACAUUUAUGUCACUGACAAUCAAAUCCUUUCCUUAUUUUGUGGGUAAAUAGGUGCACAAACAUACAAAACUAUCAAUUAAACCACUUUUGUUCUUUCUCUGAGGGUCUUAGUCGCAAAUAUUCAGAAUUGUUCAGAGAGAAAAACGGUUUCCAAACCAAUACCAUCCACAAUCCGCUACAAAAAGAUGAAGAGGUGUGUGUGUAGUGUGUGCGCGUGCACGUGUUUGUGCGUGCUUAAUUCAUCUCGGAUGGAUAGUGCAGGUGUAGCGCAUUUGGCUUAUUGCUGCAGUUUCGGCCAGGAAGCACUAAACGGGAUUGGAAAGAAAGCCAAGAAUUUGGAUUUAGAGAAAUUGCUCUAAAAAAAGAACGACUGUGGCUCCAGAAUAAUGAGUGUGUGCUGCAUAGCUUUGUUUCAUGUACAUCAGUGCCUACUGCCAUUUAGACUUCGAUCAAGUAUAAGGAGGAUGCUAAUUUAGAAAUGUAAUAACUACAGCCUCAGACUGAAGCCACAGUCUUAUUGACUUCCAGCUCAGUGUGAAAACAGAUAAUGGGCUAAUGUGGCACAGAAAUUGCUUCCAUAAACUGUUUUCUUAAGAGUGGAUGCAAAGCGUUUACUUCUCUAGGAGAACAGCAGUGUGCGACUUUUACCAAUGCAAUUUGUAUUGAUGCGCAGUCUUAUCAACAUUAUCCAUUGUGCAUCUCCUUGCAAAAGAUUUAUGUCUUCCAGAAAGAAUAAAGUUUAUCCUGAAGUGCAACAUUUUUGGGGUGUUCAGACAGGUUUCUGCAGCCACAAGGAUUAAUUCAUCUCCGCUUGAUCUUGUAUUUGCCGCAUCUUGAAGAAAAAAAAAUGAAUGCGAGCAGCAUUCAGUAGACAGUGUUUCCAACAGAGGGAGCUGCUGAACACCAUUAACAGCCAGAUCAAUCCUUUCACUGCAGGAAUGUGAAGGAAACUGCACACUAAAAGAUGAAGAGGGUCCCUUAUUGUGCCAGCAAGCAGCUCAUCAUCGUAGCGCUGCCACUUCACCGGCACUAAAGUGUUAAGCUUUUUAAUGUGGAAAGCAACAAAUGUUACCAAGAAAUAUAUCUUCUCUUUGCAAAUGUUCUCCUCCAGCUGUAAAGCUUCUCUUGCUCAUUGAAGUCAUGGGGGCUUUUUUCUUGUUACAGCGGAUUUAUUCCAUUUGGAGCUCGAUGUUGCUUCAGUCCUGCCUUUUGGGGUUCAGUCAAUAACGUGUUCAAUAUGAAGUCUGAUGGAUUUGAUAGGAGCAAUAUCUUUGGCAUAACCAAAGACAAUCAUUUUAAUGCUGUCUGUUUAGUGUGACGUCGUGUCGCUUUCAGGUCGUCGCAGCCCGUCUAUCCCUUUCACUCGCGUCAAAGUGCUUUUUCACAGCUUUUUAUAUAUAUAUAUAUAUAUAUAUAUAUAUAUAUAUAUAUAUAAGAAUCUGCAGUGACGCUAAAUGUUCAGUAGCUCUGAAGGAAGGAAGUAGAAUGUAUCACAUCUCCAUUAACUUAAGGGCUGAGUCAGACCUGCGAGCGUCAAUGUGUGCACAUGCUAGUUUUAGCAUCAGUUAAACACUUGGUGGUGGUGGUGGUGGGGUGGGCAGGGGGGGGUGUUGUUUAGUGAAGCAGCCUCAGACAACUCUGUUGAUCUCCUCCCACCUCCUCUAAAGGUUCCUGGCUGCACACAAUACCUUACAGAUUUGUGACUUAUCAAUAAUGUGCAAGAAUUACUAUCUUACAUGGGACACAACUCUAAAAUAAGGCCUAUUUUUGUACUAUAUGAAUGGUGCAGUGUAAUUUUCUUGUAAUUUAAAGAUACUCUUGUUUUUCUCCUUUAUUUAAUUGAUGUCAAUUAUAGAUUCUACUAAAAAAUAAAGAUCUAUGCAAAUUUGAA